AUGACAUGUAUUGACAUGGUCCAAAACAAAUGUCUUCAAAGAUAUGGUACUGGUGACGGAUACGGAAGUGGUACUAGAUAUGGCAGUGGUACUAAGAAAGUUGUAGUUACAUCUGUCCAUGGAUCAGGAUCAGGGUCAGGCUAUAGUACUGGAUAUGGCAGUGGUAAUAAGAAAGUUGUAGUAACAUCUGUCCAUGGAUCAGGAUCAGGGUCUGGUUAUAGUCACGGAUAUGGCAGUGGUAACAAGAAAGUUGUAGUAACAUCUGUCCAUGGAUCAGGAUCAGGGUCAGGAUAUGGUUACGGACACGGCAAUGGUAACAAGAAAGUUGUAGUUACAUCUGUACAUGGAUCAGGAUCAGGGUCUGGUUAUAGUGACGGAUAUGGCAGUGGUAACAAGAAAGUUGUAGUAACAUCUGUCCAUGGAUCAGGAUCAGGGUCUGGUUAUAGUGACGGAUACGGCAGUGGAAACAAGAAAGUUGUAGUUACAUCUGUCCAUGGAUCAGGAUUAGGGUCCGGACAUGGUAUUGGAUAUGGCAGUGGUAACAAGAAAGUUGUAGUUACAUCUGUACAUGGAUCAGGAUCAGGGUCUGGUUAUAGUGACGGAUACGGCAGUGGAAACAAGAAAGUUGUAGUUACAUCUGUACAUGGAUCAGGAUCAGGGUCAGGAUAUGGUUAUGGACACGGCAGUGGUAACAAGAAAGUUGUAGUUACAUCUGUACAUGGAUCAGGAUCAGGAUCAGGUUAUAGUGACGGAUACGGCAGUGGAAACAAGAAAGUUGUAGUUACAUCUGUACAUGGAUCAGGAUCAGGGUUAGGUUAUAGUGACGGAUAUGGCAGUGGAAACAAGAAAGUUGUAGUUACAUCUGUCCAUGGAUCAGGAUUAGGGUCAGGACAUGGUAUCGGAUACGGCAGUGGUAACAAGAAAGUUGUAGUUACAUCUGUACAUGGAUCAGGAUCAGGGUUAGGACAUGGUAUCGGAUAUGGCAGUGGUAACAAGAAAGUUGUAGUUACAUCUGUACAUGGAUCAGGAUCAGGAUCAGGUUAUAGUGACGGAUAUGGCAGUGGAAACAAGAAAGUUGUAGUUACAUCUGUACAUGGAUCAGGAUCAGGGUUAGGUUAUAGUGACGGAUAUGGCAGUGGAAACAAGAAAGUUGUAGUUACAUCUGUCCAUGGAUCAGGAUUAGGGUCAGGACAUGGUAUCGGAUACGGCAGUGGUAACAAGAAAGUUGUAGUUACAUCUGUACAUGGAUCAGGAUCAGGGUUAGGACAUGGUAUCGGAUAUGGCAGUGGUAACAAGAAAGUUGUAGUUACAUCUGUACAUGGAUCAGGAUCAGGUUCAGGUUAUGGUUAUGGACACGGCAGUGGUAACAAGAAAGUUGUAGUUACAUCUGUUCAUGGAUCAGGAUUAGGGUCAGGACAUGGUAUCGGAUACGGCAGUGGUAACAAGAAAGUUGUAGUCACAUCUGUACAUGGAUCAGGAUCAGGGUCAGGUUAUAGUGACGGAUAUAGCAGUGGUAAUAAGAAAGUUGUAGUAACAUCUGUCCAUGGAUCAGGAUCGGGGUCAGGUUAUGGUUACGGACACGGCAGUGGUAACAAGAAAGUUGUAGUCACAUCUGUCCAUGGAUCAGGAUCGGGGUCAGGUUAUGGUUACGGACACGGCAGUGGUAACAAGAAAGUUGUAGUCACAUCUGUCCAUGACUCUGGAUCAGGGUCAGGAUAUGGCGACGGAUAUAGCAGUGGUAAUAAGAAAGUUGUAGUAACAUCUGUCCAUGGAUCAGGAUCGGGGUCAGGUUAUGGUUACGGACACGGCAGUGGUAACAAGAAAGUUGUUGUUGUCCAUGGAUCUAGAUCAGGGUCAGGAUAUGGCGACGGAUACGGCAAUGAUAAUGGAUAUAACGGUAGAUACGGAUGUGUUCCUUUCGAGCAGAAUAUUGUCAUACAUAAAGGACAAAAAGGAUAUGGUGGAUACAAUGGUGGAAGUAACACAAUUGCACAGAUUUUGCCGUUUGGAUAUAAUGGAAAAGGAUAUAACACAUAUUACAAUGGAUAUGGUACUGGUGACUAUAACAGUUAUGGUAGUGGUAAUAAGAAAGUUGUAGUUACAUCUGUACAUGGAUCAGGAUCAGGGUCAGAUUAUGGUUACGGACACGGCGGUGGUAAUAAGAAAGUUGUAGUAACAUCUGUCCAUGGAUCAGGAUUAGGGUCAAGACAUGGUAUCGGAUAUGGCAGUGGUAACAAGAAAGUUGUAGUUACAUCUGUACAUGGAUCUGGAUCAGGUUCAGGUUAUAAUGACGGAUACGGCGGUGGUAAUAAGAAAGUUGUAGUUACAUCUGUCCAUGGGUCAGGAUUAGGGUCAGGACAUGGUAUCGGAUAUGGCAGUGGUAACAAGAAAGUUGUAGUUACAUCUGUACAUGGAUCUGGAUCAGGUUCAGGUUAUAGUGACGGAUACGGCGGUGGUAACAAGAAAGUUGUAGUUACAUCUGUCCAUGGAUCAGGAUUAGGGUCAGGACAUGGUAUCGGAUAUGGCAGUGGUAACAAGAAAGUUGUAGUUACAUCUGUGCAUGGAUCAGGAUCGGGGUCAGGUUAUAGUGACGGAUACGGCGGGGGUAACAAGAAAAUUGUAGUUACAUCUGUCCAUGGGUCAGGAAUAGGGUCAGGACAUGGUAUCGGAUACGGCAGUGGAAAUAAGAAAGUUGUAGUUACAUCUGUACAUGGAUCAGGAUCAGGGUCAGGCUAUGAUGACGGAUAUCGCAGUGGUAACAAGAAAGUUGUAGUUACAUCUGUCCAUGGAUCAGGAAUAGGGUCAGGACAUGGUAUCGGAUACGGCAGUGGUAACAAGAAAGUUGUAGUUACAUCUGUACAUGGAUCAGGAUCAGGUUCAGGUUAUGUAGACGGAUAUGGCAGUGGUAACAAGAAAGUUGUAGUAACAUCUGUACAUGGAUCAGGAUCAGGGUCAAGUUAUAGUUACGGACACGGCAGUGGUAACAAGAAAGUUGUAGUUACAUCUGUACAUGGAUCAGGAUCAGGUUAUGGUGACGGAUACGGCAGUGGUAACAAGAAAGUUGUAGUUACAUCUGUACAUGGAUCAGGACCAGGGUUAGGACAUGGUAUCGGAUAUGGCAGUGGUAGCAAGAAAGUUGUAGUAACAUCUGUACAUGGAUCAGGAUCAGGGUCAGGUUAUGGUUACGGACACGGCAAUGGUAACAAGAAAGUUGUAGUUACAUCUGUACAUGGAUCAGGAUCAGGGUUAGGACAUGGUAUCGGAUAUGGCAAUGGUAACAAAAAAGUUGUAGUUACAUCUGUACAUGGAUCAGGAUCAGGGUCAGGUUAUGGUUACGGACACGGCAAUGGUAACAAGAAAGUUGUAGUUACAUCUGUACAUGGAUCAGGAUCAGGGUUAGGACAUGGUAUCGGAUAUGGCAGUGGUAAUAAGAAAGUUGUAGUUACAUCUGUACAUGGAUCAGGAUCAGGUUAUGGUGACGGAUACGGCAGUGGUAACAAGAGAGUUGUGGUUACAUCUGUACAUGGAUCAGGAUCAGGGUCAGGUUAUAAUGACGGAUACGGGAUUGGUCAUAAGAAAAUUGUGGUCCAUAGCUCUGGAUCGGCUGGCGCAUAUGGUUACGACAAUCAAUACAAAGGAUAAAGACAACUUUUUAUCAGCUUUUUCUAAUUAUCCGUGAAAUGAUAAUUUGUAUAUCAAAAUAAAAUGCAUUAACAUCAAUAUA